GUGGUCUGGACAGACCAGUGGUCCACCUUGUUGACGUACGAAGACAGAAGGAUCAUCGAUGACGAGCGGCUGAGUGUGGAGAGACCGUUCACCAAAGACUGGAACCUUCACAUCAGGGAAGUCAAGUACAAAGACCAGGGCCUCUACAAUUGUCAGAUUAACACUAAUCCUGUCAAGAUUAAAACAGUCAAUCUCAAAGUUCAAGUUCCCUCUAAAAUCUACAACAACGCCUCAACCGAUGCCCAGGUUGUCAGGGAGGGCACCACUGUGACACUGGUGUGCAAUGUCAGCGGCAUUCCGAUGCCAACUGUCACAUGGUACCGCCUGUUGGCCAAUGAGAAGGGAGAAGAUAAAAAGAGUGAGUUCUGCCCAGGCACAACUAGGAUUGGUAUUAGUGGUGAAGUGCUGCUGAUUCACAACGUGAGCCGGCACUGUGGCGGUGUUUACGAAUGUGUCGCCUUUAACGGUGUCCCGCCCGCAGUCAACAAACUCAUUCGGGUCAGCGUGGAGUUCCCACCUGAGAUUAAUUUACCAAACAAAAGAAUCGGACAGGACUUGGGCAAAGAAACCAUACUUGAAUGUAUCAUAACAGCCAAUCCACUAGCUGUGGGUUUCUGGAAAAAGAACGGGGAAGAAAUGAAAACAGUCAGUGGGAAGUACCGCAUAGAGCCAUACACAGAGGACGAUCACUCCAUUACUUUGAGCCUGAGGUUAAUGUCUUUAGACAAGAGCGACUAUGGGACAUAUACGUGUGAAGCCUCCAACAAGCUGGGCAGAGACACAAAUGUGAUGACUUUAUUUGUGUACCGCCAUCCACAAGCUGAGACAACAAUUGCAACAACAACAACGUCAACAACCACCAGCGUCUCCAGUAUAAAGGAGUCCACGUCCGUGUUCCUACCUCUACUCUCUCACCACCAGCAGCAACUUUACCAAGGCUUCCACCCGACUCCAGGUCACGGGUAUGUUGAGGAGGAGCACCUGAUGCGUUCACCUGUGAUGGACAACAACAUGAAAAUAAAUGUCCUCACUGAACUAUAUAUAUUAUGUUUGGUCAUUGUCCAUGGUUUUUGUAAAAUAAACAAUACAAUCCAUGCAUGUUUUUGA